ACUACCCAUCACCCUACCCAUCACACAAAUCCACAAAGAUGACAUCACGAGUGCGUCACUGUGCCCGUCUGGUCAUUGUUUUCCUGGGGAUAUGCUGCAUCACCAGCGGAGUCUACCUCUUCCGCAACUGGAUCGAGAUGUUUACACGCAUGCGCGGCAAGGAAAUGGCAUUGAGUCCCACGUCGCGAUCUUUUGAAGGCUGGAAAGUUUCACCUUUGCCCUUGAAUUUCGAUGUCUAUCUCUUCAACUGGACCAACCCGGAGGACUUUUACGUGGGUUCGGGCAAGAAGCCUCGAUUCGAGCAACUGGGUCCCUACCGGUUCCGGGAGAGUCCCGACAAAGUGGACAUCGAUUGGCACAACCACAACUACUCCGUGUCCUUCCAUAAGAAGUCGUGGUUCUAUUUCGAUGCAGAAGCCAGCAACGGCAGUCUUUCGGAUGAGGUGAACACUGUAAACAGCGUGGUCCAUUCUGCGGCCUUGCGGGCAGCUGGCACCUGGGGAGGAUCCGUUGUGAACUUUUUCUCGAAUGUGUACAGUCAGAAGGCUUUCGUCACCAAAACUGCCGAGGAGCUGCUCUUCAAGGGCUACCAGCACCCAUUUGUUACACUGGGAAAGUUUUUCCGGCCCGAGGAUGUGCCCUAUCACCGCAUUGGGUUUCAGUAUCCGCGCAAUGGCAGUGCCGGCUUCGAUGGCGAUAUAAACAUGUUCACGGGAGUAGACGAUAUUGCGAAAAUGGGUCAAAUACAUACGUGGAAUAAUCUGACGCACACCGCCUUCGAGGGCAGCUGCGGCGACGUGCACGGCUCCAUGGGCGAGUUUUUCCCCCCCAACCUUGGCACCAACGACACCGUCUACAUGUACAUGCCCAAAAUGUGCCGGGCCAUUCCGCUGGACUACACCGAGACGGUGACCGUGCACGGGGUAACGGCCUACAAGUACAGCGGCACCGAGCACGCUGUGGACAAUGGCACCCUCUACCCGGAGACAAGCUGUUACUGCGUCAAUGGCAAAUGCUCGCCAAUUGGGGUGAUCAAUAUUGGUCCGUGCGCCUUCAACUCCUCCGUCUACAUGUCCUUCCCGCACUUUUAUAAAGGCGAUCCCAGCUACCUUGAGGCCAUCGAGGGCCUGCAGCCGGAGAGAGAGAAGCACGAGUUCUUCAUGACCCUGGAACCGAACGCUGGCGUGCCCAUGGAUGUGGGCGGCGGCUUCCAGGCCAACUAUUUUAUGGAGCCCGUACCAGGAAAUCCAAUCUUUGAAAAUGUGCCGACGGUGAUGAUGCCCAUGAUGUGGUGCGAGGAACGUGUUCGGGUCUCGGAGGAGAUCGCCAACGACAUUGCACUGGUACCCCUAAUCGUGCUCCUGGGCCAGAUAGUCACUGGUAUUCUGCUCGCUGGCGGCCUCAUAUGCACUUGCUGGUAUCCCACGCGGCAAGUGACGCACUUCUGCCAGAGUGAUCCAAAGGCUAAGGCCAGUGUCCUGCGACCACUGACCACAUUUGGUGUCAGUUCGCCGGCAUCCACCGCUCCGCCGCUAUCGCAGUUGUUCCGAACCAACCAGAGCGAAACCGGCAAUGAGCGGGUGGGAGUGAGACUUCUGGACUACAGACGCGAUUCCGGAGUGAGGGAGGAGAUGGGAGCCGUGGAAGGAUCGCCCAGGGAACGAUUGAUCGGCAUGGAGUCGUCCGAUGUGAUAGCCAUUACCAGAUAAUACAUGAACUGGCAGCGCGCAUUUUUGGCAGUGCCGCCCACGUUCGUCUGCCUGAGACUCAUUUACGUCGCCGUAGCUUAGGAUUGCAUAUUGUGAUGAAGCCAUAAUGCCUUAGCCACUUGCUCACAUUCAUUUCCACACAUUGCCGCUUUUUGGAGGUUUCCCAAGCUCUGCAAGCUCUGCGCCAGCGAGAGAGAUUAAUAAGAUUAUUUAUUUUAGUGCCAAAAAGAAAACGAUGCAGAGACCCCAACCCCAAGCAAAAGUCAUUAACUAGUUAGUAGGCUAAUCUACGAUUAAAGUGUAAAUAGAUAAAGUCAUUAAGUGCUCCAUUAUCCUAUAUCACUUCUCAUUUCCCAAUAUGGUUGAAAUGAAACUGCGCACGCCCAAAGUAUUUAUAUAUAUUCAUACGAUAAUGCCUAACAUUUGUGAAUCGUAGAGCGAUCAAGAAGAACUAUUUAAAACUAAAUAUCCUUUGCUCACCUUUUAAAGUCUAAAGUGCAAAGAUUUCGCAUAUCCUAUGUAAAUAUAUCAGUCAUUGUAAGACCUAAGAUAGUAAAGCACAGCUGUGAAACCCGGAUAUACUUCCACAAAAAAAUUCCUUAAGAUAUAUACUUUGAAUUAAAGAUUACGAAUAAAAAAAAGAUGCUUAUUCGAAA